AUGAGUUCUCCGGCCCCUCAGAAUAAUGGGAACGAACUCCCUUUGCCGUUUGGCUGGGUUAAGGAGUACGACCCCUCAUCUGAGCACUACUUUUACGUUGAUACCAAAGCCAACCCACCUCGCUCGAUCUGGACACACCCAUACGAAGACGAGCAAUAUCUUAACGAACACCCCGACGUAAAGGAGAAGGUCCAGUCCAUGCUCCGUCAAAUGGAGGCCGACCGCGCUCGGGAUGAUCUCUCGAGCCCUCCUGCGUACAUGCCCGAGCGCCGCCACAGCUACACUGGCCGCGAUAACGACGACAUGGGCAGCUCGUCGAACGGGAGCGCUGCCGUCCUCGGCGCCGGACCUGCUGCAAACAAGGGCAAGGGCAAAGAGAAAAAGCGCGGAGUCUUCGGCAAGAUGAAGGAUAAUCUCAUUGGAACGGCAGAAGAGCGCGCAGCUUACAAGAAGGAGAUGGAACGAGUAAAGGCGGAGGAGAGGAAGCAGAGAGAAGCCGCGUAUCAGAAGCAGUUGGAAGCGCAGAGGGUAUACUACCAGCAACAGGCCGCCCAGCGACAGCAGUACGCUCAAGCUGGCCCAUCUCGCGUCUACGUCCAGCAGGGAUAUGGCGGAUACGGUGGAGGCUAUGGAGGUUACGGCGGCGGUUACGGUCAGCCGCGAUAUGGCCCGCCGCCGAUGCCUUACAACCAGCGCUACAACAAUGGUGGCGGGUUUGGUGGCGGGAGUAACGUCGGCCUGGGUCUGCUCGGCGGUCUUGCGGGUGGACUGCUUCUUGGUGAUCUACUUUUCUAA